GUACUUGAAUGGCAACGUCAUACCAGGCACUAUCCCUAUGACGUUUUCUGUUCUUGUCAAUCUUGACACCCUGUGGCUCAACAACAAUCAACUGUCCGGGACCAUCCCCCCCCUCCUCGUCAUCAUGACCCAGCUUCGGGUGCUGAACCUGGGUAGGAACCUGCUGACGGGAGAGAUUGCGAGCAGUGUGCUCCAGGCCGCAGACAGGAUGAUCACCCGCUCUGCAACCCGUGUGUCCAAGGCUGCUGCUGUGGCUCAUCCGUCGGUCGAUGAUGCUCCGCCAAAGCUGGAGAGCCUGUGCCUUAGCGACAACUUCCUGGCCGGCUCGAUUCCUCCAUCACUCAUGAAUUUCAACCGCCUAAACGACAUUCAGCUGCAGAACAACCAACUAUCUGGGACCAUCCCCAACGUUGACCCUUUAAACUCCCUCACAAAUCUUCGUCUAGCAGACAACAACUUCACAGGCACCAUUCCAGAAUCCAUUGGCGGUCUCCUGCUGCUCGAGCACCUGGACCUGAGUGGCAACAGCCUUAGCGGAGAGAUUCCCGAGGACUUCACAGGCCUUGUCAAGCUCACAGUCCUCAACCUGCGGGACAACCAGCUCACAGGCCCUCUGCCCAACCCGCCACCCAACAUCGUGCAGUACCAGCUCGACAAGAACUUCUUCACUCAGGGCUUCUCCUCCCCGCCCAACUGUGCCGUUGUCUCCGUCCGCGGCAACUGCGUCAGCCAGACCGAUCCUGGGCUCACCUGCCCGGGAGACAAGCAGAGGCUUCCAGAGGUCUGCUCGUCCUUCUGUGGCCUAACCGCCACAGACCCCCCGUGCAACGGCCACGGAGAAUGCUUCCUGGAGGGCCCGAACAAGGUUCCGGUGUGCCAGUGCUACGAGGGGUUCCAGAUCGGGGAGUAUAGGGGCAGCUGCGUGCCUGUGGUGGGUGGGUCGGCGCUCGUUGCCAUGCAACCCGUGGCAGUGCCGGCUGCGCUGACUGCGACUGGGAGUGCGAGCGUGGAUGGGGUGGCAAAGUCCUUCACUCUCACGCCCCUGCAGGCGGGCACGACUGGAGCAGUGUUCCUGUCGGAAAAGGUGCCGCUCUUCUCCUACCAGCUCAUUGCUGACGGGUGCGGCCGCGAGCUCGCCUUCUCCUCGUCUUUCUCCUUCACUCUCACCCGUACGGCCGCGGCCGGCUCCGAAGGGUUUGCCUUUGUGAUAGCGUUUGACUCCUCCCCACCAGCAGAGGCGGUGGCAGGUGGCAUGGGGUACGCUGGGAUGGCUGCGCGCAGCGUGGCAGUGGAGUUUGACACGUGGCAGGAUGGCGGCAGCCCCGGCGGGACAAGCAGAAGCAAAAACAGCAGCGGCAGCAGCAGCGGCGAACCGGGCGGGAACCACGUGGGAGUGAAUGUGAACGGCAGUGUUGUGUCCAUAGCCACAGCUGCUGCCCCCACGCCGCUCAACGACGGCACUUCAAAGUACGCCUGGAUCGACUACGACCCCUCCGCUCCUCCUGAUGCCGCUGCUCCUGCAGCUACAGCUACUGCUGCAGCUGCAGGCACCCUGCGCGUCUUCCUCUCCUCCACCCGCUCCCCACGCCCGUCCAAGCCCGUGCUGUCAGCACGCAUCUCCCUGUGUGACGUUCUCCAGCCCACCCGCUUGGAGAGCACAUUUGCGGUGGGCUUCACUGCGGCAUCGGGCAGCCAGGCGCAGAGGCACGCCAUCUCAUCGUGGAACUUUACCACGCGUUUCCCACAAGCACCUGCCAAGCGUGGUGCAGCGUCGCUGGGGCUGCGGGUGAGCGAGGCGACCGUCAGCCCGGCAACAUCAGGCAUGAACAUGCUCUUCCGCUACGCCAGCUCUGGCAUCCUGCCACGGGAGGUGGGCGACAGCAGGAACCAGUACAACGUGCGCCUCACGUCCACGUGGCUCCUCAAGGACCUCUUCUGGCCCGUCAAGACGCAGACUGCCUGCGGUGACAGCUGGGCGUAUGCGGUGGUGGGCAGCAUAGAGGCGGCCUACAGCAUAAUGGCGAACCUCUCGGUGGCGCCGCAGCUGUCAGCGCUGCAGCUGCGCUCCUCCAUGCGCGCCGACUGCCAGGGCGGCUCGCCCUCCCAGGCCUUCGCCUUCCUCCUCAAAGCCGCCCGCAGCAAGGCAGUGGUCCGGGGGAGGAAUGUCACUGUGAAUCAACAGGAGAGGCGACUUCUUUGGAGGCAUCUCAACGACGGUGGGGGCCACAGCAAGGCGUUGGUUUGGAGGGGGGAAACUGCGAACACGAAGCAGGUGAGGAGUCGGCUGUGCAUGGCUCCGUUUGUUCCGCUGUUCAAGCUGCUUGGGAUUAGCUGCGAUGGGAAGGGUGCCACUAAGGACCCAGCGUGCUUCACGUACAACCUGAACCACGUGGUGCUGCUGGUGGGGUACCGCCUGGUGGGGAAGGACUCGCGCUUCCCCCACAUGGCGCCGCCCUUCUGGAUUAUCCGCAACUCGUGGGGAGCUGCCUGGGGCGAUGGGGGCCACAUGCGCAUGGACAUCCAGGGGGGGGAUGGCGUGUGCGGCAUCAACACUCUGCCGGGGAUUUACCCAAUUGUCAGAGCGGCAUCGGACCCAUGCAACACAGCAGCGAGGAGCGAUGCCUCGGGGUCGCUCUUCAACCCGUGCGGCAGCUUCGCCUGUGUGGUGGACGGCAGCUCCAACCGCUGCCUCUGCACCGAUCCCCGGUUCAUUGAAGCCACCAAUGCUGAUGGCUCCCGCACCUGCGCCUAUGUGGACAUGUGUGGGGCGUUGGCCCGCAACCCGUGUGCGGUGGGCACGUGUGUGAAUGACGGGGCGGGGUCGUACUCGUGUGUGUGUCCACCGGGCUUCAGGCAGGGCACCACCGUCGAUGGCACCUUCUCCUGUGCUCCAGGAGACACGCGCUCGCAGUACACUGUCCUGGCGCCCAACAUCUUCUGCUCAGACAUCUAUCCCGUCUAUGGCCUCACCCGUGACAACUUCACUACGCUUAAUCCCAUUGUGAACUGCAUCGAGCCUCUGCCGGUCGGCCUGACGCUCAAUGUCACCCUCAACCCCGGACUCGCCCCCUGCACCGUCUACUACACCACUGUCCCGGACGACACGUGCCAGUCCAUAGGAGAGUACUUCAACCUCAACGACUGUCGCAGCAAGGACCCCUCCUGCGCCACAGUCGUGCAGAGCCUCAACCCGGGCCUCAGCUGUCAGGGCAGCACGCAGGUGCAGCCGAACCAGGCGGUGUGUGUGGAGCGGCGGGCAGGGGCGGCGGGGAAUGCGGGGCAGGUGAUACCGGUGUGCUCGCAGUACUACCUGGUGCAGACCGCCGAGACGUGCGAUGAUAUCCGCUCCGUGCCCAACCCGCCGCUCUCCCCGCUCGAAUUCUUCCGCCUCAACCCCGGCAUCAAGUGCGACCGCCUUGUGCCCGACGCUGCUGGCCUCGACCUGCACACCGGCUUUGAGGUACGGAUGGGAGAGGCGCUUGAUCUUAAAGGCAGGUUACAGGCAGACUAG